AGUAAUGUUGGGGUGCCAGAAAAGAACACACAUCGCUUUAGUUUUCAAAGUACUGUACGUGUUUUGGAAAAGCGUAGAUUAGCUGAGAAAUUAUCCAAAGACGCGGAAAUACAAGAAGCACAACGGCUCAAUGAAUUAGAAGCUAUGAAAAGAGUUGAGGAGGACUUCCAAAGAAAAAGAGCUCCGGAAAAGGCGAACUUAAGAAACCAACUUAGGCUUCACCUUAAGGCUAAUACAGAAAAUGAGGAAUAUAGAAGUUUGCCUCUUAAUAUAAAUGAUAGAUAUAAUAACCACAAUACUCAAACUCUGAAUCAACACGUAUCUGACAUGAAUAAUAAUUUAUAUUGUAGAGCUGAACCCGAUGGUGCUGUUUCACCUUCUCUGGAUUUCAACGAUAAUCUGGACAAAGUUAGACAUUCAAAUUUUCCUCUAUCAUCAACCAAAAUUUCAAAUGAGUUGGAAAAUUUUGACUCUGAUGGCGAAGAAAGUGAAACUCACAUGCCUGAUUUGCGAUGUACUGCAUUACUUAUUGAACCCUACCUGCACUCUAUUAUUUGAGAAAAUACAAAAUACCUAUUAGAAAUAUGUAAUAUUACUUAAGCUACGUUCACACUUGAAAAAUAUUUGGUCCAAAUAUUUGUAAUAAAAUAUUUUUGAAGUUGCGUCAAACAAACGCAAUAUUUAUUUCAUGUUCAGACUUGAACAAAUAUUUGGUGGUAUUGUUUUAUCAAACAGUGCAAAAAUAAUUUGGUUCAAACAAACACAUGUUUU